CACUGCCUCACUCGCUGUUGCUCUCCCUAAAACCCAGAACUAGAUCUAGGGUUUAUUUUCCUUUUCAUUUUGAAUUUGAACAAGUUUUGCGUCUUCAAAGAAAUAGGAUGGGAGAAUUGAAAGACACUGAGGCUUACGAGGAAGAGCUCAUCGACUACGAAGAGGAAGAAGAAAAAGCUCCCGAUUCUGCUAAACCCGUUGCUGAAUCUGGCAAGAAGGGUUAUGUUGGCAUCCAUAGUUCGGGAUUUCGAGACUUCCUGUUGAAACCAGAGCUUCUUCGAGCCAUUGUGGAUUCAGGAUUUGAGCAUCCUUCAGAAGUGCAACAUGAAUGCAUCCCUCAAGCAAUCUUAGGAAUGGAUGUCAUUUGCCAAGCGAAAUCUGGGAUGGGAAAGACUGCUGUUUUUGUUCUGUCAACACUUCAGCAAGUUGAUCCUGUUCCUGGUCAAGUUGCAGCUCUUGUUCUUUGCCACACAAGAGAACUGGCUUAUCAGAUUUGCCAUGAAUUUGAGAGGUUCAGCACAUAUCUUCCUGAUAUAAAGGCUGCUGUUUUCUAUGGUGGUGUCAACAUCAAGGUUCACAAAGAAUUGCUCAAGAAUGAAUGCCCACAUAUUGUUGUUGGAACACCUGGGAGGAUUCUUGCUCUGGCUAGAGAUAAGGACCUUGGUUUAAAGAAUGUGAGGCAUUUUAUACUUGAUGAGUGUGACAAGAUGCUCGAAUCACUUGAUAUGAGAAGAGAUGUGCAAGAGAUCUUCAAAUUGACUCCCCACGAUAAGCAAGUGAUGAUGUUUUCAGCUACACUCAGUAAAGAGAUCCGACCUGUUUGCAAGAAAUUUAUGCAAGAUCCCAUGGAAAUUUAUGUCGAUGAUGAGGCCAAAUUGACUCUUCAUGGUCUUGUCCAGCACUAUAUCAAAUUGCAAGAGACAGAAAAGAAUCGUAAAUUGAAUGAUCUUCUCGAUGCUCUGGACUUUAACCAAGUCGUUAUUUUUGUCAAAAGUGUAAGCAGAGCUGCUGAGUUGAACAAGUUGCUUGUGGAGUGUAACUUCCCAUCUAUCUGCAUACAUUCUGCAAUGUCACAGGAAGAGAGAUUGAAACGAUACAAGGGCUUCAAAGAAGGGAAGCAAAGGAUUCUUGUGGCAACAGAUUUAGUAGGAAGGGGGAUUGACAUAGAACGCGUUAAUAUAGUUAUUAACUAUGACAUGCCUGAUUCUGCUGAUACUUACUUGCACAGGGUGGGAAGAGCUGGUAGAUUUGGCACGAAGGGUCUUGCAAUUACUUUUGUGUCUUCUACUGCUGACUCUGAGGUUCUUAAUCAGGUGCAAUCUAGGUUUGAGGUUGACAUAAAGGAGCUUCCUGAACAAAUUGACACUUCGACAUAUAUGCCAAACUGAUGACGUUUUGGAACUAUUAGGAGGCAGAUCUUGAAGAAUCUUUUGCGGAUUGCGGAAUGGUUUAGUUGGCAUCUCAUCAAUUUGAGUGCAUUGAUACUAUUUAACAAAAGAUAUUGUUUAAAUUGUAAGAUUGGCCCAAUUUGAAUGACUCCUUUGAGAUUGAGCAGAUGUAUUUGUAGAAUACGUUAGUCGGUUAGCUUAUAAAUGUAUUGUUAUUUGUUAAUCAUCGAUACGUUUAACAUUUGCAGCAGUGUUAAAUCAUCGAUUCGUUUAACAUUUUAAGUAGCAGCAAUUGGUAUCGCUCUGCUUGAAUAAAGGCUCUAAUUGCUUUAUUUUGUCUUA